UAUCCCCCGGACUUCGAUCCGUCGAAGAUUCCGCGGAUGAAAUUGGCCAAAAACCGUCAAUACACCGUUCGACUAAUGGCCCCGUUCAAUAUGCGAUGCGAGACCUGCGGCGAGUACAUCUACAAGGAAAAGAAGUUUAAUGCGCGCAAGGAGGAUGUGGAGCACGAGACGUACCUGGGCAUACGCAUCUACAGGUUCUACAUCAAGUGCACCCGAUGUCUGCAGGAGAUCUCAUUCAAAACAGAUCCGCAGAACACCGACUACGAGAUCGAGGCGGCAGCCACGCGGAAUUUCAUGGCCCUGAAGCUGGCCGAAGAGCAGGCCCGUCGCGAGCUUCAAGAGGAACGCGAGGAGGAGGCGAAUAAUCCCAAGAAAAUGCUCGAGAAUCGCACCGAGCAAUCGCGCAAUGAAAUUGAAAUGCUGGAGGGGUCUCGAGGAGCUGCGCGACCUGAACCGACGACAGCAGACCGUAGACUACACAACAAUGCUGCAGCAAUAUAAUACGGGAGAAACGGA